GUGAAUUGAACUCAAUAUUUUAUAAAAGAAGGAAAUUAAAAACUAAACUGAAAAAUAAUAUGAAGAGAACUUUCCUAAUUAAUACUCGUAAAUACAAAGGGACGAAGGGAGUAUAUGAUUUUUUCCCCACCUGUGAACAAUUAAUGACUAUGGAACAAGUAAAUUACAUGAGUACCUUUUUCUCCUACUCUCUCUAUGCUGCUAAGUGCUAACAUGCGCCACAUUUUCGUCUUUCCCAAUUACAGCUUAUCUCUGUCUGAUACAGUACCAGUAAUAAACUAAUAAAGGAGAGAUAAGAUUCUGUCUUCCUCUUCAAUACGGUGUCGUUUCAGCCUCUCUGCUUCGUUUCUCCUUUUGGGUUCUUCAGUAUUUCCGCCUAUUUUCUCUCUCCUAUUUCUCACUUAUUCAGGAUUAUAUAGAAGGGAGCUUGUGCAUAUGAAAAUGUUUGGUUUUACGCGGAGGCGGCCGAAGCUGGGAAGGAUGAAAGUGCACCUUGCAGACUCGGCCCAGGGUACAAAAAGUCCUUUAAGACCUCUCAAGCGGACUAGCAAUUCCAAUGUGGAAACCACUGUGGUUGCUUCUAAUCAAGAAGGCGAGUCUGAUUGUCAUUGUUCAUCUGCUCCACGAGAUAUCAGCAAUUGCACAUCAGGAAGCUCUGAGAGCUGGAUGGUUUUGUCAAUUUCUGGAGACAAGCCCAAACCUCGCCUGAACCAUGCUGCAACUGUAGUAGGAAACAAGAUGGUGGUGGUUGGUGGGGAAUCUACGGAUGGAAUGUUAGAUGAUGUGCAGGUGCUUAGUUUUGAUCAAUUUUCAUGGACCACAGCUUCUUCAAAAAUAUAUUUGUCACCAAAUACCCUGCCCCUGAAGAUCCCAUCUUGCAAGGGACAUAGUUUGGUUUCUUGGGGUAAGAAAGCUCUCUUGGUUGGAGGUAAAACUAAUCCUGGUAGCGAAAAGGUUUCAGUGUGGGCAUAUGACACAGAAACAGAAUGCUGGUCACUAAUGGAAGCAAAGGGCGAUGUACCGGUUGCUCGUAGUGGUCAUACGGUGGUCAAAUCAAGUUCUGUUUUAAUACUCUUUGGAGGUGAGGAUUCUAAAAGAAGGAAGUUAAAUGACCUUCACAUGUUUGAUCUGAAGUCAAUGACUUGGUUACCUCUUCAAUGCACGGGAACAGGUCCAUCUCCAAGAUCUAAUCAUGUUGCAGCUCUAUACGAUGAUAGGAUACUCUAUAUCUUUGGAGGGUCUUCAAAAUCUAAGACUUUUAAUGACUUGUACUCGUUAGAUUUUGAGACGAUGAUGUGGUCAAAAAACAAGAUCCGGGGUUUCCAUCCUUCACCAAGAGCUGGUUGUUGCGGUGUACUAUGUGGAACUAAAUGGUAUAUUAUUGGUGGUGGAAGCCGUAAAAAAAGACACUUGGAGACCUUAAUUUUUGACAUUGUAAAAGUUGAAUGGUCAGUUGCAACUACAUCACCUCCAUCUUCCAUCACAACCAAUAAAGGAUUUAGUCUUGUGCUGGUAGAACACAAAGAGAGGGACUUCCUUGUUGCAUUUGGAGGAUCUAGGAAAGAACCAUCAAAUCAGGUUGAAGUGCUGAUAUUGGACAAGAGUGGAAACUCUUCUGGGAGAAGGUUGGCCCCAAACAAAAAUCCAGGGUCAUUACCACGGCAUAAUCGUUCUUCAUCUAAUGAAUUUGCAUCUCAGCUUCAUGGUGCUCCUUCCUGUCCAGUUGAUUCUCUUAGACAAAAUCUAGCAUCGAUAAUAGAAGAACAUGGCUCUACUAGGAGAUCUCUAUCAGAGUCUGUCCAUGCCGAUUCAACAAAUGCCUCUGGAAGCGUUUCUCUAAGAAAGCAAUUUCACUGUGAGGAGGAUCCAACUCGUAAACCAUCGAAUUCGAGGAGUUCUGACGAUGAGAACUCACUCUCUCAGUUCUUAGAACAAAGAAGACCCCCUGAAACAGCUUGUCCAGCCGAAACCUCAGGCAGAUUUAUCAUGGAAGAUAUACCUUCUUUUUCAGAGUCUGGAAAUCUUAGUGUCCCCAGCUGUGUCAGUGAAAAGUUUCCACUUGAUAACGAGGAGAUAAUUUUCCCAGAGAGUGAUGAAAAGUGUGGAGUUUAUUCUGCUCCUUCAAGCAUAUAUCAAUUGUAUGAAACAAGAAUGGCUGCCUUGAUACGGAAGAAUGGGAUGCUUGAAGGUCAACUUGCAGCUGCUUUGGCUAAUCGUGAAGCUACUGAGAAAAACGCAUCAUCUGCUCUAAAGAGUAAGCAAGAGGCAGAGAAAAGGCUGGCUGAUACCACGAAGGAGUUGGAGUUGCUAAAGGAGAAGUUAGGAGGUCUGGAACUGGCACAGGAAGAGGCUAAUAAUUUGUCUAACAUUGCACAUUCUGAUAACAUCAGACUUGAACAUGAUGUAGCUUUCUUGAAAGCAGUCUUGGAUGACACUCAGAAGGAGCUGCAUUCUACCAGGAAAAUGCUGACUAAUGAACGAACAAGAGCUUUCCAAUUACAGUAUGAAGUUUUUCACCUGAAGCAGAGAUUGCAAUCAUUAGAGAAUCGUACAUCUACGCCAAGAAAACCAUUUCAAGGAUAAUUCAAGAAAGCAUCAAGGUUUUCCAAACUCCACAUAAUAGCUUUGGCGAUUAAUUAUUUUUGGUUAGCUUGAAUUGUAAUAUUUUGUAAAUAUCAAGAACUAUCAGGAACAAAUUCAAGUAUCAUCUAUUAAUCUCGGCUGCUAAUUAUGCA